AUGACAAUUGACCGCUGUGUUCAUGAGAAAAAAGGAGUAAAAUUGAGUUUAAAAGAAGAAGAUGAUUCGGAGGUGGGCGAGGGUUUAAAAAAAGUUGGAGGCGUAAGACAUGGCAGUGGUAUUGGAUAUUUUAUGGCACAUGAGGAUGAGCUAAAGCUCCUGUUGGGUAAUGUAUGGUCACUGUCUAUUGCUUAUGCUGAUUGUCACGCAAGAAACUACACGUCAGCGUGUCGCUUUCUGUACUACUACCCAGUGUCAACAUAUUUCACGCAGCUACGCGUCCUCGAAUUCUGUCAAGACGAUAACAAUUCAUUCUCGUUAUCAGAAGAAGUUCUGCGUAAAUUAGACAAGCUGGAGAUGCUUAAAAUAGACUUUGGAGGUUACGGUAAACGAGUCGGUGAACGUGUACUUUUACCGAUAUGGGAUUACUUGGACAAACGGCACACUGACGAGCACUGUUCCUUAAAGCGUUUACGUAUCCUCGACGGUUUCUUUUACCUUGAAGAUUCCGUAAGUAGGAGUUUCUUGGAAAAGACAAUCAAUUUAAGUAGUUUACACAUUGGAAGUUCCACGCAGACACAGGAAGAUAUUUUUACUUUAAUUUCGCAGCAAUCAAAAAUAGAAAAUCUUUGCAUUGAAUAUCUAAAAUAUUCAAACCCUUCAGUUUUGCUUUCGUCUCCGUCGAUAUUUGUAAACUCCCUUCGAAUUAUAUAUCAAGAUGAUAUACAUUUUAAAGAUAUUGAAAAUCUGGUUAGACGGCUAGCAGGUUUGAAAAAAUUGCGUCUUGAUGAAGUAGAUGUUCCACAACUCUUUAACGGCGAUCAGUGGGCAGCACUAAUACAAGCAACGCCGAUGCUCGAGAAAUUUUACAUAAAAUUGCUCGCUUGUACUAGUACAACGCAUGUUCAGCAAGAAGAAAUUCUCGCUCGAUUUCAGACUGACUAUUGGAUUCGUGAAAAAAAGGCUCUGGUCAAUGACUUCAACGGAAAAAAGACGUGGGCCCAAAGUUCAUGCGGGGAAGCUUUUCUCGGUAAAAACCCUUACAUUAUUGUUGUAAAGUUUUCAGGUUAA